CCGCGGGCGGCGCACGACACACGUCACGGCGUUUUGAAAACACUGCGGCGAGGGGCGUCCGGCAGCUGAGAGGCACCAUGGAAGACAGGGCCGAGAAUAUUAGCGAAUUGACUCUCGUUUGCUUGGAUUUGGCAGCGAGAUUGGACGAGGCGGAGGACGCAGGAGAGAGGAGGGCCAUUGUGACCGAGCAUAUCGGGAAUUACGUCGGGGUGAAGAUUCCUAUGGUGGAGUUUGAGGCCGGAUUGGAAUGGUUCAACGUAUCAAGAGCUCUGACCCAUGCGCAGGAUCUCAAAGGCCGCAUCUCUGUACUUGACUUUUUUACUUACUGCUGUAUUAACUGCAUGCACAUCUUGCCUGAUCUUGAGGCCUUAGAAGAGCGGCAUCCUCCCGAGCAAGGGGAGGUUCUUGUGGUUGGUGUCCAUUCUGCAAAAUUUGAGAAUGAGCGUGUAUCAGCAAACAUCUUGGCAGCCAUUGAGAGGUAUCAUAUUCAUCAUCCUGUGGUGAACGAUGCCGAAGCAAAGAUGUGGACUGAGCUUGGCAUUGCUUGUUGGCCAACACUCCUGAUAUUAGAUCCCAAUGGUCAUCCAGUAUUUAUACUUGUGGGAGAAGGCCACAGAGAACGUCUUCAGUUGUAUGUGGACUGUAUGGUGGAAUAUUUCUCCAGCAAUGGAAGUUUAACCAAGUUACCAGUACCUUUGGCUCCAACAGCUCAUUGUGCAGCAACUGGUUCUAUGUUGCUUUACCCAGGAAAAGUUGCAACAUAUCCUGGUGGACUUGUCAUUUCAGAUACUGGACACAACAGGAUUUUGUUGACUGAUAGGAUGGGUAAUAUAAAGAAAGUUGUAGGAUCUGGCAAACAAGGGAUGGCAGAUGGAACAUUCACCUGUGCAAGCUUCAACAAUCCUCAGGGGGUGGUUUACCAUUCUUCAAAUGUUAUAUUUGUAGCUGACACAGAAAACCAUGCAAUUAGAAAGGUGGAUUUAAACACGGAGGAAGUAAAAACAAUUGCUGGCACCGGCAAGCAAGGAACUGACCUGGAGGGAGGUUUACAGGGGCCAAAGCAGGCCAUAUCAUCUCCAUGGGAUCUCUGCUUGAGCAAAAGUUUCGGUCAGGCUGAAGAUGCAGUUGAUAACUUGCUUUUAGUGGCCAUGGCUGGGACACAUCAGAUCUGGGGCAUAUUUCUGACUGAUGGUGAUUGGCUCAAGGAAGGUCAAAAUUCAUCUUCAGCAACUGUGCAGUCACACUUGCCACCACCACCAUCAGUACCACUCAUAGGAGGUGCACCCCUGCCUCCCCCACCUCCAAGCGGAUCACUACCUCCUCCACCUCCACCCCCAUCAGGACCAAAUCCUCCACUACCUCCUCCUCCAGGCCCAACGGCAGCCCUACCACCCCCUUCACCACCCGUCCGACCUGCUCCACCGCCCCCAACAGCUGCACCCUCUCCUCCACCACCUCCAGGCCCUCCACCACCUUCAGGACCUCUACCACCUCUGUCCCCAGUACGACCAGCUCCCCCACCACCUCUUUCUGCAGGCUCGUCAGCUCCACCUCCACCUCCACCGGGAAUAGCACCACCAGUGCCUCUGCCUCCAAACAGAAGUAGUCUAGCAAAGACAUCAGUGCCAGAAACUAGCUCAUACAGCAAGGGAACCGUAUUGAGGCUUGCUGGAAGUGGUGCUGAGGAAAACCGCAACACUACAUAUCCUAGCCGAGCAGGCUUUGCACAACCAUCGGGAAUAUGUGUUGGAGUGCACCAAGGGAAUCGUGCAUUAUACGUUGCAGAUGCGGAGAGCUCAUCUGUUCGGAUGUUCAGUUUGACCAAUGGUGCAGUAAAAGCUGUUGUCGGUGGUGCAAGAGAUCCACUUGAUUUGUUUGCAUAUGGUGAUGUUGAUGGGAAGGGUAUUGAUGCAAAGUUGCAGCAUCCCCUAGGUGUAACAGCUGUUGGAGAAUCAAUUUACGUUACAGAUUCUUAUAACCAUAAAAUAAAGGUUUUGAAACCCUCUGGUAAAUCCUACAUUGUAACAACUGUUUCAAGUGGAUCAAAUGAAGAAAAGUUCAAUGAGCCAGGAGGACUCUGUGCAAGUGAAGAUGGCUCAAGUUUAUACAUUGCUGACACCAAUAAUCAUGCUAUUAAGGUGCUGUCACUCGAGGACAACUUAGUGAAGCAGUUACAAGUAAGACUGACUGAUGAGGCAGACAGCUCAAGUCAAGAUGCAGUAGACCCAAAGUCUGCUCUGGAGGAAGUGGUGAAGAGGGUCCCUGUAGGUCUUGAGACUCAGGUUGUCCUCAGACUAGUGUUAGCCCUUCCUGAAGGUGCUCAACUUAACAAAGAUGCUCCUAAUAAGUGGACCAUAACAACGACUAAUCAGCAAAUAACUUUACCAUCAUCUCAGGGCCAAUUACAAGAAGUGACAGAAGUACCUGUCCAUCUAAAUAUAAAUUCUGAAACUGUUCCUGAAAUGAGUCUCCUUGUCUUUGCUACUGUGUACAUUUGCCUCAACACUGGAGUCUGUACUCGUGCAACAUCAUCAUGUGUAGUCAAGUUUGUAACUGUUGACCAAAAUGAAGUUGGAAUAGAGGAGAAGAAAAUAGAAGUUAAUCUCAGUGUUACAGAUAGUGUACCUAAACAUCAGUGAUUGCGUCAUGCUUUACUAAUGAAUAUUUUUUUUUUAAGAAUGUAUGAAUUUGAUUGAAUGACUCAAGAAUACAAAAUAUGUUUUUUUUUUUUUUACAUGUUCAAAAUCAUAUAUGGGACUUGUGGAAUCAUUCAUUCCCAUUUAUGAAUUCCGAGAAUGUGUAAGUAGGAACUGUGUGCUAUGUUUCUUUUUGAUUCCAUUAUUUCAAAUAGCAAUAAGAAAGGUGAAUGAUAGAUGCAACAUUUGUAUCUGCAAUCUGAAUCAAGCUUUAAUAAUUGUGUACCUUUGCAUAGGCUGCAAAUUAGGUUGAAAUUAAGAUGUAUUUAAUCAAAUCUUUACUAAUAAAGACUUGUUAUAGAAGAUAUUUUAUCUAAAAUGGGCCAAAUGUUAUAUUUUUUGAAAGUUAUAGAUAACUGGUCAUAAAGUUUAUUUGUAACUGUUGAUACUACAGUUCUUUCUUUGUAGAUGAAAAGUUAAAUCUCUCAAUAUAGUGGAAACAAAUUGACUUGUGUAAAUUUUCAAAUGCUGUAUUAAAAUGUUAUUAGUUUUACUAAUUAAAUAGAUAACCAGAAACUGUCAGUAUAGAUUUACAGUUGAUAUAUAUAUAACUAUAUAGAUGAUACUGUUUUGUGCCUUGAGAGAUUUGUCUCAAAAAGUAUUAUUUAAGUUAUGAGAAGAUUUGGCAAAGUUAACCCAUUGGCAGUGGGAAAGUGUCAUGCUCACUGUAGUAUAGUUUUGUGAAAUGUAUCUACACACUGGUAGCUCCACAAGUGCUCAGCUACCAAGAAGUCAAUUGGCAGACCUCGUGAUCUCACCUGAUUUUCCCCUUGAUCCCCCCUCCCCCCCAUGCUAUUCACAUCAAUACACAGUUAUUGUUAACAUUCUAAUGAUUAAAGUGUUAUUAAUAAUACUAAUAGCAAUAGGUCAUAAAAUAUUACCAAAAAUCAAAUGACUAAGCAGUUAUGAAACCAUCUUUGUAUAAGUACAUUUGAUAAACUAAAUUCAUUGUGGGCAGACAUGUACAUACAUACCAUGUCUGGCAGCAUUGCAUUAAAUGUUAAAAGUGAUUUCCCCCUUUAUAUAACCAUCCCUUACCUUAAAAUUAUCAUUAAGAAGAAAUGUAUAUUUAUUCAGUUAUUAACCAUAAACAUGUAUUGUUUUGGUUUUACUGUCUUACAUACCUGGAACACGAAAUAGUAGUGAGCUGUUAAGCGGAGGUCUCAGUUAUGUUUGUACUUACUUUUCUCACUUAUUUGAUCCCAUGCCAAUGGGAGUGGCUAUAUCUAUCUAUAGAUAUUUUGUGCUGUUUCUAGCCAUCAUAAUUCACUCCUACAUAUGCAGUAUAAAUCUUGAUAUCAUAGUUAUUAUGUACGUAGGCUAACAGUACAUGCAAGAGUGAGUUAAGAUGGAUGGAGUCAUGCCAGGCAUAAAGUCAAGAUAUCUCAUGUUGGUUGUAGCCGCUCCCAUCAGCUUGGGGUUCCAGUUAUUUAGCUGCUGUUAUUCUCAUAGUUAAUUUACUCAUUUAGCAAACAUAAUUUUCACAGUUAUUUUAAUUAUGUAACAAUUGCUAACCAGUGUUUUCAGUGUGUGCUUUAUUUUGUUGUUACCAAGUUCUUUCAUACAGUCUAAGUGUGUCUGAUUAAAGUCCAUGUCAAAUGUCUUCAGUCACUCAUUUAUUGUCACAAAUUUGCACUCAGUUUUUAUACAAGUUUUUUUUUUUUCUUUAAUAUUUCACUUACAUUUUUACUCUGAUAUUUAGUCUUUGAUAUUUUUGUCUUCAAACUUGAAGAUAAUAACAAAUUUAUUGCUGUAUGGAAAGCAAAGUGAUCAUUAUGUAAAUCAAAGGACAACAUUAAUAAAUUUCUUAUAAAACGAUGAA